ACAAACGAUCCUAAAUCACUUCCUAUGUUUGGUCUCGCAUAUCUAAUUACUUUUGUCCUCUCAAGCUGAGAGGAAAAACUCCCAACUGAAUUGUUUCUUAACGUCAUCAUUUUCCAAGUCGGGGAAUCCACAUCCAGGAUACCACAAAUUUGGGCUGUAAUUUUUGGUUAGAAGUUAAUCCUGGCGUACUCUCUCUCCAUAAUAUCCAUUAACUUUGUAGUCUGUAACGCAAUUCAGAUAGAUAGCUAGCCCUUAAACUUUAAGCGCUCCAUUCUGGCAAAGCCAAUCAUUCUUGGUACAAAAUCAGAGCUUUUUCUUAUAAUGGCUUAUCCUUGUCAUCAAGACUAACGAGUGUUUUCACGCCUGUUCUUCCAUCCGCUGUUUGCAUUGUUUACAUGGACAUCACAAAAUAAUUCAUUAGUGGAACAAAUAAUUGGAAACAAUUUCGAUAGGUCAAGUGCGUCAGCUUCAAGCAGUUCUCUAGCUUAAUCCGAUAAUAAAGAUAUAUGAAAUUGUUGAAAGCCUCAGAUUUGAACCAGCAAUGAAGUUAACAAGUGAUCUCCACAAGAAGCGUCUUGAUGUGAUACGCACAUUAAUGGAAACCCCACACUCCGAAACAAAUACAAGUAAUCCUAAAGAGAUGGUAAGGCAGGGACUUGGUAACCCAGUUGGUGCCAAUUACCUGGUUGGAAGAAUUAAUGAAUAUAGAUUGCCAAUAGCAAAUAGCUGUAAUUUACUUAGCAACUACAUGAACUAUAGGAGGGAGAGAUCGCAGCAGUCGAUCAUCUUCUAUAAUGUUUUUUCAGUAGAUUUAUUAUCAUUUUGUUGGGGGUAUAAGAAAUUAGCCAUGACAGAUAGAGCUCGUGCCUGCCCUCCAUCUAGCAGUCAAACGAUCGGGGUUGGGUGGGCUUUGCCUUUGUAUUCUACUCGAUUACUAGAGAAAGGAUUUUCUUAUGUUUGGACUAGGAUCCAUUUUUUAUCUGAAUUUGCAAUAGAUAAAUGCCUGCUUUUUGUUCUUUGAAAAGUGCUCAAUUAUAAAUUUUGAUGUUG